AUGAGACCGCCUACGCUCGUAUCCUCUCUCGGCCUGGUCCUCUCGUGCUGCCGUCUCAGCCGGGCCUGGGUCGACGAGGAUGCGCACGUCGACCUCCUCUGGCCGCCGCCGCACAACGCGCACGAGUCCAUCGUCGACGGCCGACCCGUCGGCCCGCAGCCCGAGGGAGACCAGGCCGAGUUUGCGUGUGCGAUUGUGCCGAUUCCGCCCGACGCCGCGCGGGUCGACUUCCCCGUCGCCGGCGGGCAGAUCCGAUGGAACCUGACCUCGCUGGUGCCGGCCUCGGCCCUGCCCGUCGGCGACAAGUACAUGGCCAACGCGUACCUGGGCCAGUUCAACGACAACACGACCGUGAGCCGGGACAACUGGAUCUACCUCGACGGCUGGUCCUGGAACUCGACGAGGUUCGCGUCCGCGCUGGGGCCGUACUGCACGCCGCUGCGCGACGGGCUGGGCCAGUACACGCUCAACCUCACCGACCGGUUCGAGCACUGGUACCAGCAGAAGGCCAUGGCCUACCUGGUGCCUGGGUUUGAAGGCAUGAAUGUGACUCUGGGGACGGCGAUGGUAGUCUUUGGAGACAAUGGCUCAAAAACACGAGCCAUUAUGAAUACGGCGAGUUACUACUUCUAG